AUGGUUUAUGGUUUUCAAGAAGAGAUGCGGCUUGGUUUCCACAUUUUAGAAAAAAGAACGGAGCAUUUGAAGCAAGAGGCAGCAAACAUGAUGAAGAAGAUUGGCCUUCUUAAAGCUGCAAAACGGAAGUUCUUGGGGGAAGGGUUGGGGGCUUGUUCCAUUGAGGAACUGCAAUGGAUAGAACAACAGUUGGAGAGGAGUUUAAGUAAUGUUAGAGCCAGAAAGAUCCAGGUUUUCAAAGAACAAAUCGAGCAACUAAAAGAAAAGGAAAAAGUCCUACUUGAUGAAAAUGCCAAGCUCACUGAAAAUGGCAGGCUCUUUGAGAAGGUGAAGUUACUGCUAUUUGGAAUUAAUUUUGUGUGGCCUAUAGUUCAUUUGGAUAAUAUUUUAAAGCAGAUAGAAGCAGUGGCAAAUUAUCAAGGGGACAUUUACAUGGGCAAACCAGUGAGGAUAAAUUGUCAAAAGGCGAUUCAGAGGAUGAAAUGCUCAGCUCUGUCCUCAAGACCUUUGUCUACUAGCCCUAAUCAGUUAGACGGUGACAAAAUAACAGGAGCUACCAAUCAUAAAUCCGUGAAUUUGGAGGGAAGCCUGUUGGUUCAGCACCUGUAA